GCUGGCUCGUGCACGGCUGUCCGCUCUCGCGCGCCGGCGCAAAGACGUCAGCAACGGCUUUACCCGAGCUUUUCCAAGAUGGCGCUGCGCAGGAGGUGUUGUUGACGGUUUGACGCGUUUGGGGGCUUCGUCGCGACUGUUUCUAGGUUCUAAAGGCACUAUUUGAAAAGUGCACCUUUGAAAACCUGUCAAACAAGAACCAUUUUGCAUCAAUAAAUGAAGGAAAACAAAGAAAAUUCCAGCCCUUCUGUAGCUUUGGCAAACCUGGACCACACAAAACCAUGCUGGUACUGGGAUAAGAAAGACUUGGCACAUACACCAUCACAGUUAGAAGGACUUGAUCCAGCAACUGAGGCAAGGUACCGGAGGGAAGGUGCCCGAUUCAUAUUUGAUGUAGGAACCCGUUUAGGACUACAUUAUGAUACACUAGCAACUGGAAUAAUAUACUUUCAUCGAUUCUAUAUGUUUCAUUCCUUCAAACAGUUUCCAAGAUAUGUGACUGGGGCUUGCUGUCUCUUCCUAGCAGGGAAAGUUGAGGAAACACCCAAAAAAUGUAAAGAUAUCAUCAAAACAGCCCGUAAUUUACUAAAUGAUGUGCAGUUUGGACAGUUUGGGGAUGAUCCAAAGCAAAGAAAUAAUCCACUGCACAGGGGAAGCAGUGAAACUGGCCACACAGAGUGCAGCCAUAUGCAUACAGAAGAAGUUAUGGUUUUAGAGAGGAUUUUAUUGCAGACAAUAAAAUUUGAUUUGCAAGUAGAGCACCCUUACCAGUUCUUGCUUAAAUACGCCAAGCAACUUAAAGGCGAUAAGAACAAAAUUCAAAAACUGGUUCAAAUGGCGUGGACAUUUGUCAACGACAGUUUGUGCACCACAUUGUCACUGCAGUGGGAACCGGAGAUUAUAGCUGUUGCAGUUAUGUAUCUGGCUGGCCGUUUGUGCAAGUUUGAGAUUCAGGAGUGGACAUCAAAGCCAAUGUACAGGAGAUGGUGGGAGCAGUUUGUGCAAGAUGUACCUGUUGAUGUUCUGGAAGACAUAUGUCAUCAGAUCUUGGAUCUGUACUCACAAGGGAAGCAACAGAUGCCUCAUCAUACCCCGCAUCAGCUGCAGCAGCCUCCUUCACUUCAGUCUACACCUCAGGUGCCUCCACCACAGCAGUCUCAGAGUUCAGAGCCGUCACAGCCGCAGCAGCCCAAAGAGUCUCAGCCAGCUGGACAGCAGCCGCAGCAACCGCAAGCACAACAGUCCAAGAAACCUUCUCCUCAGUCAAGUCCUCCCCGGCAAGCCAAACGACCUGUGGCUGUGUCCCCAAAGGAUGAAACGAAAGCUACAGAGGCACCACCUCCUAAGAUUGCUAAGAUUGAAACUUCGCAUCCACCAGCUCCCCCUGCUCAUCCACCACCUGAGCAUAAGCCGCCUCUGACAACCACAGUUUCCAUUGGAGGUGAUCAGACCACAACAGUAGACUCUGUGGAGAUGGCAAAAGUCCAGAUUGCACCUCCUUCUCAUCCAGCGCCAGUGCAUCAGCCACCACCUAUGCCUCACCGUCCCCCUCCCCCACCCCCACCCUCGAGUUACAUAACCGGCAUGUCCACUACCAAUUCUUACAUGUCAGGAGAAGGAUAUCAGAGCCUUCAAUCAAUGAUGAAGACAGAAGCACCAACCUACGGAGCUCUGCCACCCAGCUAUGGACCUCCUGCUCACUUGGCCUAUCACCCCCAUGUGUAUCCUCCCAAUCCUCCUCCUCCUGUUCCUCCUCCUCCACCAACAUCAUUCCCCCCACCAACAAUCCCUCCUCCUGCUCCAGGAUACCCACCGCCACCUACUUACAAUCCGAAUUUCCCACCUCCUCGGUUACCUCCUUCCCAUGCUGUCCCACCUCACCCCCCUCCAGGACUGGGAAUGCCACCAGCAAGCUACCCCCCUCCCACAGUGCCCCCUGGUGGGCAGCCACCAGUGCCACCCCCAAUACCCCCACCUGGCAUGCCGCCUGUUGCAGGACUUGGACGUGCUACUUGGAUGAGAUAGCGGUUGUGCACACGGUAUCUUUUAAUUUGGAGGAAUAGUUUAAUGAGUUGAGCAGCAGCUAAGGGAAUAGUUUGUAUACGGUAGAGACCGAUGUAUGAAAAUCUAGAAGGCAGUGGCCUAAAAUAUUUACUGAUCUGCUUACAGUUUAGUCAGCAGAGCUCAAUACAGGCUUUAGUUUCAAGAUUACAAAACUAGAUAAAAUCCAAAGUCUAAGUUCCUUCUAGCACUGGGUUACUUUGCACUAGUAAAAGGCCAUAUUGGCUUAGUUAUAUUGGUAAGAAAAUUUGCUUCUAGAAAUCAGUGCCUACUUUUUGAGUAUCAGGAUUAAGGUUAUCAUUCCAUCUGAGGCAGAUAAAAGACCUUUCUGGCUUUCAUGACGUAACAUUCCAGCAACAUGCUUCUGAGCAACAGAACCAAUUUUAUUUUAUUUAAUAUAUAUAAACACAUACAACAUUUGCAAUCCAUAGCUGAUAAACAUCUGUUGGUGUUUGCCUUUCUGCCAUUUUUGUUUUAGAAUGUACUUGAAUCUUGAUUUGUAAAGUAUGUUUACACCUAUGUAUGAAUUCCUUUCCUAAUCAUCUGUAUUUUCUAAGUGUGAAAGUAUGAAUGUAAUGGCAUAUGGUGAUUUCCAACUUCAUUUUUCUGAAAGGCUGUUUGCUGAGAUGUAGCCAAAUAAACCUAGGUUCUGAAA